UGCAUUCAAUAGGCUAAAUUGUGAAGUUGCCUUUAAACUUAGCCAGAAUGUUGAGUUAUAAUGAUUUAGCUCAUAUGUGAAACAGAAAAUACUCUAGCUAUACUCUCUAUGAAAAAAAUAAAACAACAAUAAAAAUAAAAUAACAAUGCUCUAUAUGAAAAAAAACAACAACAGGGAAACUGAUAUAUGUAUGUCUCUCUAGGUAGCAAAAAUGGCAGACAGUUUAGCAGACAUAGAGGAGAUUAACCUAAUUGAAGAGAUCAUCGAAAAUAUAGCGGCGCUGCAGCCUCCUCGAGCGGCCUUAACAGAGAGAAAUAAUGUGUUCUUGAGUCUCAAUGAUGAAGAAUUCGUCGCCAGGUUCAGAUUAUCGAAGGAGAGUGUGAAGUUCAUAUUGAACGAGAUACAUUUUCCUGAAUUUCACGACGGCAGAGGUGCCUCCGUACCGUCACACAUAAGGCUUCUUAUAACCUUGAGAUGGAUGACUACUGGCGGAUUGCAGCUGGCCAUUGCAGACGAUUUCGAAGUCUCGCAGCAGUUUCUCAGCACCUGCGUCAAAGAAACGCUGCAGUCCAUAGCAAGCAAUUUCCACCGCUAUGUCCAGUUCCCCGCACGACAAAAUCCAG